AUAAUUAUUCGAUAUUGGACAUUAAUCGUGGUGUGGGAAUUAUUUCUUCUAGGUCGCUUACUGUUUAACACGGCGGCUAGAUUUUCUCUCUGUGUUAGGUUGUCCGGUUUGUUUCAUCAAUACUAUCAUUUCGUCGCCAAAAAUAACUAGCAGCAUGUACGUGAAACACUAUGGGCAAAAAAACCAAUAAGCAGAAACUUAGUUUUCCAAAGGUUCAGGGAUGGGUACCGUACAAAGCGUUUUCUGCAAAAAAAAACGAAGAGGUUUCGGAGCCGAAAUAUGCUGAAGUUCCAAAGGAUUGGAAGGAACCGAAGUUUACUCCUGAGGAUAAUCCUCAUGGGAGAUUGUUUGCUUCAUCAUCAUACACAACGCUCUUCCCAAAAUAUCGUGAGAAGUACUUGAGCGAAAUUUGGCCCGCCUUAAGAAGAAUAAUGAUGGAACAUCAUAUUCGAGUGGAGAUAGAUGUGGCUGAAAGUACUAUGGAAGUUCGAACAACUCCAAGGACUUUUGAUCCUUUUAUCAUACUAAAAGCCAGGGAUGUUAUACGCCUAUUAGCCCGCUCUGUCCCUAUGGAGCAAGCUAUUCGUGUUCUGGAUGACGAGACAUUCGCAGAUAUUAUUGAAAUUAACUUGACUAAUCGUGAACGAUUUGUUAAACGACGUAAUCGGCUUAUUGGUCAUGAUGGUGAAACGUUGAAAGCCCUGGAGCUGUCUACUAACUGUUAUAUAGUUGUGCAAGGAAAAACUGUUUCUGUGGUUGGUCGAUAUAACGAUUUAAAGGAGGUACGUAGAAUUGUUCAAGGUUGCAUCUAUGACAAUAUACAUCCAGCUUAUUCUAUUAAAAGAUUACUUAUCAUAAAAAAACUUUCUAUGGAUCCUACAAAACAAAAUAUAUCGUGGGAUCGAUUUUUGCCUAAAAUGAAAAAGAAAGUACUUAGUCGACGUAGAAAACCUCAUAAAGUACGUAAGAAAAAAGAAUAUAAUCCAUUUCCACCACCACCAGUUCAAUCAAAAAUUGAUAUUGAACUAGAAAAAGGUACAUACUUCUUAGCUGAAGCUGAACGUAAACGAUUGAAAGUCGAAUCGAAUAUUGUUAAAUCAAAUCAAAUAUCAAAAAUACGACAAAAAGCUAAACGUUCCGCUGCACUUAUUCCACCUGAUGAUCAAUGUCACAACAAAAAUAAUAAUAAUGAUAAUAAUACCAGUCAUAAUAAACCGAAAAAGAUUAAAUUUGAGGAAUAAAGAUGAUAAUUCUUUCUUAUAAUUUGUAUUACAGGUUAAGAUUUACUUACUUACGCCGGCUACUCCUCGUGAAGAAGCAUAGGCAGCCCAUCAGAAUUCUUAGGCAAUCCUUUCUAGUUGCUAUUCAUCCUUUUCAUAUCUGCUUGUAUUUCCUGUCGCAAUGUGUUCUUUGGCCUUCCUCUUCCCUCCAGGAUUCUAAGUUAGGGUUUGCCUCGUAAUGCAGUUUGAUGAUUUCCUCAAUGUGUGUCCUAUCCACUUCCAAUGUCUUUUCCUCAUUUCCUCUUCAGAUGGAAGCUUGUUUGUCCUCUCCCACAUUAGGCUGUUGCUGAUGGUACCCAGCCAAUGGACGUUGAGCAUCUUGCGUAGACAACUAUUUAUAAAUUCUUGUACGUUCUUGAUGAUGGUUGUAGUAAUUCUCCACGUUUCACCUCCAUACAAUAGAACUAACUGUCUUGACAUUCGUAUUGAAGAUUGUGACUUUGAUA